AUGGCGGGUGCUAAAUGGACGAACGAGGAAACAGUUGCUCUUUUGAACGCUUAUAACUCGGAAACUGUGCAAAACAACAUUGAUAGUAUGAGCUCAAAUAAAGAAUUGUUUAACAAUAUACAAAGAAUCAUGAAAGAAGAGUCGCAUACAGAAAGGACUGUUGAUCAAAUUAAGAUAAAGCUGAAGAAGCUGCGAAGUGUAUUAAUUGAAUGUGAAGAAAACACUGUAGGUAGUUUGCUAUUAUUUAAUCUUUUUUGUAUAAAUGGUCAUCACACAACAUGGACAUCUCAACCACUCAUAAGGAAUGUCCCAGCUGGAAAUUUGCUUUUGGCUGCAUCAACUUUAUUUAGUGGAAACACUUAUGAAAGAAUCAGCCAAUUUGUAUCUUUCAUGAAUCUCGAAUUUAUUGGAAAAACCAGUUUUUACAGCUUUCAAAAGCAGUAUCUUUUUCCUGUUGUUGACAAAGCUUGGAAAGAGGAGAAAUCAGCUGUUAUUGCCGAAGCUAAGAGGUCUGGUAGUCUUAAUGUGAAUGGUGAUGGUCGAUGUGAUAGCCCAGGGCAUAAUGCCAAGUAUGGUACUUAUACAAUGAUGGCUGACUCUGGUAAGAUAGUAACUUUUAAUGUUGUGCAAAGUACUGAAGUCAGUUCUUCUAAUGCUAUGGAGAAAGAAGCAUUUGAAAGAUGUCUGUCUGAAGUUGAAAAGCUGUUCCUGCGAAUAACAACAGAUAGACAUGUUUCGAUUGCCAGUGCUAUGAAAAACAAACACCCUCAUAUUGAUUACCAAUAUGAUGUGUGGCAUUUGUCUAAAUCUGUCACAAAAAAACUAACAAAGAAGGCUAACAUUAAGGGAAAUGAUGACUUGUCCCAUUGAAUUAAGUCGAUUUCUAAUCAUCUUUGGUGGUGCUCUGCAAGUUGUAACAAGAAUGCAGAAGAAUUGGUGGAAAAAUGGAAGUCUGUCCUUAACCACAUUUACUGAAAUAUUGCCCAAAGCGAGAGCAUUUUUCAUUUCCUGGGAUGGUAGCCCGCACUCAGUUAGCAGCAUUAGAUCACAACAACAAUAUUAAACAUGAUAAAGCAGUCAUUAAGUCAGGGACAAACAAAGGGCAAGACCGUUACAAAAUGAUUUUUGCUAAAACACAGAAGCAAUGGGUUGUAAAAGCAAUGAAAGAAAAGAAAGAGUACCAGUACAUUGAUAAACUACUUGCGGAGGUUGUGAAUGCAUGCAAAACUGAGGAGAUUGAACUUCUACAUCAUGGCGAGAAUCUUCCAAAGAACAUUUCUAAAUCAUGUCCACCCAGGAAAGAAGUACUUGUGAAGGAACAUCAGUCUAGAUUUGCAUAAAAUGUCAGUGGUGAUGUUAGCUAUGGCAAUAGGUUUUGCCAUACCCAUAUAAUAUGACGUUGAAUCAGUGAAGACAACUUUUGUACUACUUAAAAAAUGUUCAUUCUUAAAUAUUAACAUAGCAAAACCUUUUGCUAUAGCUAGUUUCACCACUUCAUUACACAAACUAUUCAUGUAAUUAAUUAUAGUUAUAUUAUAACCAGUGUAAUAGCCAAGCCACAUUUAUAAUCAUUUCUUUGUAAAUCUGUUUUUUUGUAAUAAAUUAAUAAUAAUAAAUGUGCAUAGCAUGACCUAUAAAUGAGCUGGCUAUGCCACUUUAAUAUUGACAUACAAAGUAAUUGUAAUGGGUAUACCUAUAUCAUAAUAAAAUACUUCAUUCAUCAACAUA